CCACUAUGCAACACUGAUUGUUUGUUAUCGUUAAUUUCGUUUUCGUUUACGUUUUACGUUUUUUUUUUAAUGGACUUUAAUUUGUUUUCUGUUUAAAAUAAGCUUAGUUUAGUUAACGACUGCCUCCCGCCAUGGCCGCACCACGACUCUGCGACUGUGAUAGCCCCACGCUGCGACUGCUGCAGCUCACCAACUGCCGCCUGGUGCGCGGCCACCAGUUGGUCCGCGACGAUUUGUGGGUGCGCGAUGGGAAGAUCAUCAAUCCUGAGCCCAUAUUCUUUGACGAACAGACAAGAGCCCACAGGCGCAUCGACUGCCAGGGUGCCAUCAUCGCCCCCGGCUAUAUUGACCUCCAGAUUAAUGGUGGCUAUGGUGUGGAUUUCUCGCACGACAAGGACACCAUUGAGGAGGGCGUCACCAAGGUGGCCAAGGGACUGGUCCGGUGUGGCGUUACCUCCUUCUGCCCGACGCUAGUGACCUCACCAAAUGCCAGCUACCACUCGAUACUGCCGCGCAUACCCAAAAGAGUGCCAGAAGGAGCUGGAAUCCUGGGCAUCCAUGCCGAAGGGCCAUUCAUAAAUCCCCAGAAGAAGGGUGCCCAUCCUGAGAACUGCAUUCAGACAAUUGACAAGGGUCUGGAGACACUGGAGACGACAUAUGGAUCGCUGGAGCGCCUCAAGAUCAUUACUUUGGCGCCGGAGAAGGUCAGCGAUCCGGAGGUGAUUGGACAGCUGGUGGCCAAAGGCAUAACCGUGUCCCUGGGCCAUUCCGCAGCCACACUGAGCGACGGCGAGCGUGCCGUCCAACAGGGCGCCACCAUGAUCACGCAUCUGUUCAACGCCAUGCUGCCGUUCCACCAUCGGGACCCCGGCCUGGUGGGACUGCUCUCCUCCGACGCCGUGCCCCAGGGACGGACCGUCUAUUUCGGCAUCAUUUCGGAUGGUGUGCACACACAUCCCGCUGCGCUAAGGAUCGCCUAUCGCACUCAUCCCGACGGUCUCGUCCUGGUCACCGAUGCCAUUUCGGCCUUGGGCCUGCAAGAUGGCAUCCAUCACAUCGGUCAGCUGCCGCUGGAGGUCAGAAGGGGCAAGGCCUUUAUCGCCGGCACCGAGACCCUCUGCGGCAGCAUCGCACCCAUGGACGAGUGUGUGCGCAUCUUCCAAAAGGCCACAAAUUGCUCUAUUGUGUAUGCCAUUGAGGCGGCCACCUUGCAUCCUGCCCGUUGCAUCAAUAUCGAGCACCAGAAGGGAACCCUAGACUUUGACUCCGAUGCCGACUUCAUACUCCUGGAUGACCAGCUGCGCGUACUGUCCACCUGGAUAGCGGGCUCCUGUGUGUAUCAGUGCGUCAAAUAGUACACGCUAUACAUAUUUAUAUGUACAUAUACACGAUAGAAGGAUAUAGAAGCGAUACUGGGAUGCACAUAUGUAUUAUACACGCACGAUUCUCUGAUUAAACUGUGAAAUCUCUACGUUCCAAUUGCAGAGUA